AUACCAGAUGAAAAAUCGAAAACUAGCAAACACCAUUCGCCGAAGGAGACGUGGGCCCGCCACAUGGAGUUCAUGCUGUCCUGCAUUGGUUACGCUGUUGGCUUCGGUGCUUUUUGGAGGUUUCCAUACCUGUGCAUGCGAAAUGGAGGAGGUGCAUUUCUCAUUCCAUACUUUUUAUGUCUGAUCUUUUGUGGCAUGCCCUUGUUCUUCUUAGAAAUGGUCAUCGGUCAGUUUUCAGGAUUGGGAGCUAUCGGCGUCUGGAACGUCUGUCCACUUUUUAAAGGGGUUGGUUGGGCCAUGCUAGUGAUGUCGGGCCUGGUCACCGUCUACUGUAACAUGAUUCUUGGCUGGGUCCUCUACUUUCUUGGUCUCUCAUUCACUUCCUCUCUGCCAUGGGCAACAUGCAACCAAACUUGGAAUACACAUAUGUGCGUCGAAUGGAAUAGGAGUGGUAGGUAUCCAAAUGUUACUGCAACAUUCCGAAACACGUCUGCACCAUUCAGCAACGUAUCAGGUCUACAAGCCAAGCCUGGUAUCACACCCGCCGAAGAAUUCUGGCACAACAGUGUACUAAAGAUAUCAGGCGGUAUUGAGCAUUUUGGAGAAUUCAGAUGGCCUCUCGUCUGCUGCCUGUUCGCUGCUUGGGUCGUCGUCUUCCUCUGCCUCUUCAAAGGAAUCAAAUGGUCUGGAAAGGUUGUAUAUGUGACGGCCACAGUUCCUUACAUCUUCCUGACCAUCCUCCUCAUCAGAGGGUGCAUGCUGCCUGGAGCACUCGAUGGAAUCAUUUUUUACCUUAAACCAGAUUUUAAGAAACUGAUGGACCCUAAGGUUUGGGCGGAGGCGUGUCUACAGAUAUUUUUUUCACUUGGUCCAACGUGGGGUGGGUUGAUCGCCAUGUCGAAGUACAAUAAAUUCAACAACAACUGCCUCAAAGAUUCAGUGGUCAUCUGUCUGGUUUGUUGUGGCACGAGCUUCUACUCCGGCUUCAUCUGCUUCUCCAUCAUCGGCUUCAUGGCUCACAACAUCGGAACAAACGUGUCUGACGUCAUAACUACGGGUCCUGGUUUAGUGUUCAACGUGUAUCCAGAAGCAAUAGCCCAACUGCCCAUCUCUCCUUUCUGGUCCAUCUGCUUCUUUAUCAUGCUCCUCACUCUCGGGCUUGACUCUCUGGCAAGUUUUAUAAUGUUUGGCAUGAUAGAAUCUUGCACCAAUGGUGUUGUGGAUGAAUUUCCGAAAUUUUUGAAGCCCAGGAAAACCAGAUUGACACUGAUAGUAUGUGUCAUGUUCUUUCUGCUGGGCAUCCCUUUGUGCUCAGGAGCAGGCAUAUACAUCUUUCAGAUCCUGGAUUGGUACGCAGCUGCCUUCACCGCCAUGAUCAUCGCCAUAUUGGAAUGUUUAGUUUUCGGACACAUCUACGGAGCAAAUAAGUUGUUCGACCACAUUACGGAGAUGAUGAAUAGGAGACCGAGCUUGUGGUGGAAGAUAUGUUGGUGCUACAUCACUCCUCUCAUAAUGCUCGCAUUAUUGAUUUACAACUGCGUUCAGAUGAAACCUCCAACUUACGGGAGUUACGUGUACCCAUCCUGGUCUGUAGCGUUAGGUUGGAUUGUUUCCAUGUUUUCCAUCGUUCCCAUCCCAAUUUAUGCCAUCUAUCGAUUGUCUGCUGAAGAAGGUUUUUUAAUGGAGAGAAUCAAGACCCUGAUACAACCGCAUGUCAGCUUCUACAAUGGCAGGAACAAUUCAGAUGCCGAACUCAUUCAUCAUUUCUAGUUUUUCAUACUCUAAAUUGUCACAUUAUUAAAAUUAUUAUUUUUUCAUGUUUAUUCCGGUUAGUGUAUGUAUUAUUUUUCAAAACGAUUCUAUUUUGAGUUUGGAUUGCUAUACUUUUUGCCAUUAAUUGCUGUCAAGUUACGCAUCCAUUCAUGUAAGAUUGAUUUGUAAAUGCUCAAGAAUUUGUUCGGGGAAACAUAAUUUUUUACAAUUGAACGGUUUCGAAAGUAUGUGAAAUUUUUAAAAAGAUAAGUAUAUUGUUAUUGUGUGAAAAGUUCUUUUUAGAAGUUAAAACGUUAAAAAAUACAAAAUGUGAUUGCU